AGUCGUCUCCUCCGUGUUGGCUGCUGCUGCUUCAGCGGCUGCUGCGGCAGCCACGGAACUCUGAGAGUGGAACAGCUGUGGCUGGAUUCCGGCCACUCUGCAGAAUGGAGAUAAUCAGGAGCAAUUUUAAGAGUAAUCUUCACAAAGUGUACCAGGCCAUAGAGGAGGCAGACUUCUUCGCCAUCGAUGGGGAGUUUUCAGGAAUCAGUGAUGGACCUUCUGUCAGUGCAUUAACAAAUGGUUUUGACACUCCUGAAGAAAGGUAUCAGAAGCUUAAAAAGCAUUCCAUGGACUUUUUGCUGUUUCAGUUUGGCCUUUGCACUUUUAAGUAUGACUACACAGAUUCAAAGUAUAUAACGAAGUCAUUUAACUUCUAUGUUUUCCCAAAACCCUUUAAUAGAUUUUCACCAGAUGUCAAGUUUGUUUGUCAGAGCUCGAGCAUUGACUUUCUAGCAAGCCAGGGAUUUGAUUUUAAUAAAGUUUUUCACAAUGGAAUUCCAUAUUUAAAUCAGGAAGAAGAAAGACAGUUAAGAGAGCAGUAUGACGAAAAACGUUCUCAGGCCAAUGGUGCAUAUGUAUCUCCUAACGCUUCAAAAUGUCGUUUGACAAUUCCUGAGGACCAGAAGAAAUUUAUUGACCAAGUGGUAGAGAAAAUUGAAGAUUUAUUACAAAGUGAAGAAAACAAGAACUUGGAUUUAGAGCCAUGCACUGGGUUCCAAAGAAAACUAAUUUAUCAGACUUUGAGCUGGAAGUAUCCCAAAGGCAUUCAUGUUGAGACUUUAGAAACUGAAAAGAAGGAGCAAUAUAUAGCUAUCAGCAAAGUAGAUGAAGAAGAACGCAAGAGAAGGGAGCAGGAGAAGCACGCAAAAGAGCAGGAGGAACUGAACGAUGCUGUGGGAUUUUCUAGGGUCAUCCAUGCCAUUGCUAAUUCGGGGAAACUUGUUAUUGGACACAACAUGCUCUUGGAUGUCAUGCACACAGUGCACCAGUUCUACUACCCCCUGCCUGCGGACUUAACUGAUUUUAAAAAGAUGACAACAUGUGUUUUCCCCAGACUCUUGGAUACUAAAUUAAUGGCCAGCACGCAACCUUUUAAGGAUAUCAUUAACAACACCUCCCUUGCAGAAUUGGAAAAGCGGUUAAAAGAGACACCUUUCUGCUCUCCUAAAGUUGAAAGUGCAGAAGGUUUUCCAAGUUAUGACACUGCUUCUGAACAACUCCAUGAGGCAGGCUAUGAUGCUUAUAUCACAGGACUGUGUUUUAUCUCCAUGGCAAAUUACCUAGGUUCUUUUCUUAGUCCUCCAGAAAUUCAUGUGUCUGCCAGAUCAAAACUCAUCGAACCUUUUUUUAACAAGUUGUUUCUUAUGAGGCUCAUGGAUAUCCCCUAUCUAAACUUGGAAGGACCAGACUUGCAGCCUAAACGAGACCACGUUCUCCACGUGACAUUCCCCAAAGAAUGGAAAGCCAGCAACCUUUACCGACUUUUCAGUGCCUUUGGUAAUAUUCAGAUAUCCUGGAUCGAUGACACAUCAGCAUUUGUCUCUCUCAGCCAGCCGGAACAAGUACAGAUUGCUGUCAAUACCAGCAAAUACGCAGUAAGCUAUCGGAUCCAGACCUAUGCUGAGUAUGUGGGGAAAAAACAGCAAGAGAAGCAAAUAAAGAGAAAGUGGACAGAAGAUGGUUGGAAGGAGGAUGACAGGAAGCGGUUGAACACACAGUGUGUAUCCUACGCACUGCAGAAUCACUAUUACUGCAACAAUAGUUUUACAGCUACCAGCACAGUAGGAAAAAGAAAUUUGAGUCCUACCCUAGAAGAAGCUGGCUUGGAGGACAGAGCAUCCGGGAAGAUUUCUGACACUGAGCUUGAGCAGAUAGAUUCCUGUGCAGAAUCCCUCUCAGAAAGAAGGAAAAAGGCCAAGAAAUUAAAAAGAAUGAAGGAAGAGCUUUCUCCAGCAGGAAGCAUCUCAGACAGCCCUGCCAUGCUCUUUGAAGUUCCUGACACAUGGUAACCAAGUCCUGAGUGGAACAGACCGCUGGUGCUGUCACUGAGAAAGGGCCGGAUGGCAUGUGUGGAAGCCAUACUGUAUUUAAUUUAAUAAAACGUGGUAUGGGAGGGGUUGGAAACCAAGAAUGUCCUGGGGAAAAAAAAAGUUUUUAUUUUUGUGGCUGUGUUUCUUUUUUCCCCUUUUAAUCUAAACUGCUGUGGAUGCUCCUUGUGGUGCAGGCUGUCAUGAACGUGUACAUUAUUAACCAGGUAAUCAUUUGUUGCUUAUGUGGAAACCUUUCCUGUCAUAAAUGUGCUUAAGAAUCCACUUGGGUGGGGAAUGUCGGCUAUGAAAUAUGCAAACAGAGCUGACAUUCUGGGUGCCGUGAUCAUGAAUUUGGGAUUGAGCUCUUUUCCUGCUUAUCUGUGUUUUCGUGCUCGGAUAUUGGGGCAGUUGCAGUCUCCCAGUGGACAAACCCACUGUCUCCCACUUCCCGCCACAGCUGCCUGAAAAUGUGAAGUUUUCAGACUUGCAUUUCCGGUAGGAAGAUGUGUACAGUGUCCUCCCACCUCAGAGCUGACCAUGCACCUUUGCCUUAGGGCAUAUUUAUUGAGAGUUAUUUUUCCUGAGAUGUGAGUUUCUCAUCACAGGAGUGUACAAGUGAAAAAAGUCAGCUUCUGUUCUUACCUGCAGUGCUGCGUCGGCUUUUAACCCGCCCAUGUCUUCUGUCUGUGUGGGUGGCAGUCUGGGGGUAAGACGGCGUGUGUGUGUCCGUGUGCGUGUACAUGUGUGGAAUCAUGGCACCUCAACAACAUGUACCAGCCCUUUCUGUCCAAACAGAUCACAGCAACCCCAAGAGUUCACGAUCUACUUCAGUAGAUCUGCUUCAGACAAAUCAUUGUUAGAUAUUUAACAUUUUUGUAUUGUGGAAAUAAAAAUGAAAAAAAUGUA